AUGAGGACGCCGUCUCGGAUCUUCCCGCUCCCAGCCACGGUCAACCCCACGAUGUCCUCUGACACCUCUGCCAACGGCGAGCCCUUGGGCCGUGUCUCCUUGGAGCUGUUUGCAGACAAAGUCCCAAAGACAGCAAAAAACUUGUGUGCUGAGCACUGGGGAGGAAGGUUUGGGUUAUGCAGCUUCCUGCUUUCAGAGAGUUAUUCCGGGAUUCAUGACCAGAGUGGUGACUUCACACACCACAACGGCACAGGCGGCAAGCCCGUCUAUGGGGAGAAAUUUGAUGAUGAGAAGUUCGUCCUGAAGCACACAGGUCCUGGCGUCUUGUCCAUGGCAAGUGCUGGACCCCGGUGUUUCAGCUGCACUGCUGAGACCAAGUGGCUGGACGGCGAGCAUUGUGACAGCCACGCAGCGCUGCAGGUCCCGGAAUGGCAAGGCCAGCUGGAAGAGCACCAUUACUGGCUGUGACCGACUUUAACAAACCUGACUUGUGUUUUAUCUUAACCAGCAGACCACUCCUUCUGUAGCUCAGGAGAGCA